GCCUGCCUGGGCUGCAGCCUCGCCAUGUUCGGGACCGGCCUGUCCGACCUGCGCCAGAUGUUGGCAACCAAGAGCGUGGAGAACAUUCAGUUCCUGCCCUUCCUCACCACCGACGUCAACAACCUGAGCUGGCUGGGCUACGGCUGCCUGAAGCAGGACUGGACGCUGAUCGCCAUCAACACCAUCGGGGCGACCCUGCAGACCCUCUACAUCCUGGCGUACCUCUACUACAGCCCCGCGAAGCGCCCCGUGCUGCUGCAGAGCCUGCUGCUCCUGGCCGUGCUGGCAGCCGGCUACGGCUACUUCACCCUCCUGAUUGCCGACACGCGGACGCGCCUGGCGCACCUGGGGCUCUUCUGCAGCGUCUUCACCAUCGGCAUGUACCUCUCGCCGCUGGCUGACCUGGCCAAGAUUGUCCGGACCAAGUCAACGCGCUGCCUGUCCUUCCCCUUGACCGUUGCCACCUUCCUGGCCUCCACCAGCUGGACACUGUACGGCCUGCAGCUCCGUGACCCCUACAUCACGGUGGGUCCCGAACGUGCCGGGAUUGUCACGAGCGUCGUGCGGUUCUGGCUCUUCUGGCGGUACCCGCCGGGCCAGGACAAGCCCUACAGAGCCCUGCACGCUUGAGGGGGCCCCGCCGGCCCCCGAGGAAGGAGCCCACGAUGAAGGA